AUGAGGUUCGUCGAUUUCGCCAUCGACCUCGCCGCAGUGCUCAAUGCCUCCCGUGGCAUCGCCGCCAAACAUGUCGCUCUUCGAGGUCGCCAGAUCGACACUUAUAGCCGAACGUCAAGCGUUGCUGCGGCGUUGAGAAAGAGGAAUGCUCAGAAAAGCCCGCCGACAGAAGAUGCGACACACAGUGCUACGAGGCCGAAUGACGAUGUGAUUUACGAGCAAACCACGCCGGCUGCAUGGCAGACAGAAACUAUCGUCGAUACGUCAAACGAUGGGCAGAAUAUCCAGGCUGGAUUUACAAGAGCCGAUCGAGCUCCUUUUAAUAGUCCAACCUCGAACCUCGGGCCGAGCCUACAGCAACAAGCUACGUCAAAACCAGCUAAGGAGGAUGAUUUUGAUCUGCCACCCGGCGUCGACGUUAAUAUCUUCCAUACGGCACGAGGUUCAAAGGUUUUGGAUUCUCUGAGGAAGCAGGGCAAACCUGGUGCAGCACCUGUAAGACCUGGGGUUGGGGGCCCUGUGAAAGCACAUCCCAUGAAGGAUUGGCCCCCUCGUCCACCACCUGAGCUUAGCUUCGGAGCGCAACCCGAGAAGCCCCAGGGGUCUGUUGCAAGGCAUGCGGAACUCUCGGAAUCCGUGAAGCCUGUAGAACAAGAGGCUACCAUUGUGCAGGAGAAGGUCAAGGAAGAGAAAUUAGUGGAGGAGACGCCUGCGCCUGAACGUGAAAAGGCCUCUCCGGCCGUACCUGAAGCUGAGAAGAAGAUUGACGAAGACGUCAUCCAAGCCGCGAAAGAAAUUGCUGGAAAUUCAGUAGCACCGUCAGAAGCUCCGCAUGCUCUGAGAGAGUCCAGUGUUCCCUCAUCGCGCAUCAGCCGAAUAUGGAACUACGGUGGCCUUGCUGCCGGUAUGUUGGGAGGUGCCAUGACUGAAGGUUUCAGCCGAGCCUUUGGCGGUGGCGGCGAGGGAUCUGUUCUCUUGAGUGAGAGAAACAUGGAGCGCCUGGUUGCAAAGCUCUCGCGUAUGCGUGGCGCUGCUCUAAAACUUGGUCAGAUGAUGAGUUUCCAGGACACCAAGAUGCUUCCAGCCCCUAUCCAACAGGUCCUUCAGCGUGUUCAAGAUCGUGCCGAUUACAUGCCAGCUUGGCAACGUGAUCGUGUGCUCGUCGCAAACCUCGGCCCUGAGUGGAGAGAACUGUUUAGCGAGUUUGAAGAAACCCCUAUUGCUGCCGCUUCAAUUGGGCAAGUUCACAAAGCAGUUUUAAAGAAUGGCAAAAGGGUGGCUGUCAAGAUUCAAUUCCCCGGUGUUGCCGACUCGAUCAAUUCGGAUCUUGAUAACCUGAGCAUUCUCCUCACGGCAACCAAGCUUCUCCCAAGGGGUUUGUAUCUCAAUAAGACGAUCGACAACGCGCGACUAGAGCUCGGCUGGGAAUGUGACUACGAGCGCGAGCUUCAAUGCGCUCAGCGCUACAAGGAGCUUCUCGGCUCAAGCGAGAAAGACGUUUUCAUGGUGCCCAACGUAUAUCCCGAGGCAUCGGGCAAGCAAGUUCUCACCAUGGACUUUAUGGAUGGCAUUGGCGUAACCCGCAUCAAGUCUUUUACUCAGGAGCAGCGUGACUGGAUCGGCACACAGCUUCUCCGACUCUGUCUCCGUGAGAUCACCGAGUUUCGUUUCAUGCAGACGGACCCCAACUGGACAAACUUCCUCUAUAAUGCGGGCGUCAACAAGCUUGAGUUGCUUGACUUUGGAGCUUCUCGCGAGUAUCCCGAUGAGUUUGUUACCCAGUACGUACAGCUUCUUGCUGCGGCCUCGCGCUCCGACAAGGCCGCCGUCAAGGAGUUGUCCGAGAGUCUCGGUUACUUGACAGGCCAUGAAAGCCGUACCAUGGUUGAGGCGCACACAAAGUCUGUUCUCACUCUCGCUGAACCCUUCCUCGCCAGUGCACCUGAUGUCUACGACUUUAAGGAUCAGACCAUCACAGAGCGUGUAAAGGCGCUCAUCCCUGUGAUGCUUCAAGAGCGACUUGCGCCUCCGCCAGAGGAGACAUACAGUCUGCACCGCAAACUUAGUGGUGCAUUCCUCCUUUGUGCAAAGCUGGGCAGUAAGGUCCCAUGCAAGGCGAUGUUUGAGGAUUCCCUCGCCAAAGGAGGCUAUACUAGGUGA